AUGCUUGCAGAUCGCAUAUGCUUGCAGACAGCAUAUGCUUGCAGACUGCAUAUGGCACAUGCUUGCAGAUCGCAUAUGGCAUAUGCUUGCAGAUCGCAUAUGGCAUAUGCUUGCAGAUCGCAUAUGGCAUAUGCUUGCAGAUCGCAUAUGGCAUAUGCUUGCAGAUCGCAUAUGGCAUAUGCUUGCAGAUCGCAUAUGGCAUAUGCUUGCAGAUCGCAUAUGGCAUAUGCUUGCAGGUCGCAUAUGCUUGUAGAUCGCAUAUGCUUAUAG